AUGUCCAAUGGGCCACAGCUAACAUUUCGCUUAGACCAUGGCGAUAGGUCUCACCGGGAGGUUUACGGAGAGCAGCAGGCACACCACGAGGCCAAGUUCUCGCACGAAGCCAUUGCCGGUGCCGCUUCCUUCGCCGGAAUGAAGGCGUGGGAGGACCACCAGCGCAGGGAGGGCAAGCCCGUGACGCAUGCCUUUGCCAAGGAGGCUAUCGCAGCUCUGGUCGGUGCCGAGAUUGACAAGCUCGCUGAAACCAAGGGUCACGAUUACUUCGACAAGGAGAAGGCCAAACAUGAUGCCAAGAAGCACGCCGAGGACAUGUAUGAUGAGCACUACGGGCGCCACGGCGGUGACGAGUGGCAACCCCACUACGAGCCCCACGAGAGCUUCCGCCAUGAGCGCUUUGAGCGCCGUGAGCGC